ACACUGUGGUGCGGUUUCCCUUGUGUUAGCUAAGCAACAUCACGACCUUUGAAGUGGCCAACCCCGGUCGAAUGAAGUCCGGACACAGGUUUUAGCAUGUCAAAUUUUGCCAUGAGUGCCCUGUGCCGUAUUUUAACUAGGGGAGUGUAUUGCGGCCCGUCGUCUUGUUUAUCUGUAGCGGGACUUCGGGAUUAUUGCAGCAGAGUCUCGCGACUGGACCGUGCUGGCAAUGACAGCCCGGUCAAUUUGACCUACAAUGUGUUUGAUGGGAAAGGAGACGACACGCCAUUGGUGUUUCUUCAUGGUUUAUUUGGAAGCAAAUCAAACUUUCACUCCAUAGCCAAGUCCCUGGUUGAGCGGACUGGAAGGAAGGUGCUGACAGUAGAUGCUCGCAACCAUGGCAAAAGCCCACACAGUCCUGUCUUGACCUACGAAGCAAUGACUCACGAUCUGACGCAUCUGCUUGGACAGCUUCACAUUGGGAAGUGUGUCCUGAUUGGACACAGCAUGGGUGGCAAGGUUGCAAUGACAACAGCUUUAUCACAGCCUAGUUUAGUGGAACGUUUGGUGGUCGUGGACAUUAGUCCCUCUCCGACUUCAGCCCACACCAAUUUCAAUGCCUACAUUCAGGCAAUGAAAGAGGUGAAGAUAGUCAGUGAUAUCCCGCGUUCCACAGCACGAAGACUGGCUGAAGACCAGCUCAGGAAGAUCGUUAAGAAGCGUUCAGUGCGUCAGUUCCUCCUUACUAACCUGGAGGAGCAAAACGGUCACUAUGGCUGGAGGGUUAACCUGGAAGCCAUCUCAAACCACCUAGAAGACAUGAUGGGUUUUCCAGAUUUUAAUAACACCUAUGAGGGUCCAACUCUUUUCUUGGGUGGCAGUAGUUCAGCCUAUAUAAGCUCGGAAGAUUACCCUGAAAUCCAGAGGCUCUUUCCUUGCGCCGAUAUCCAGUACAUCCCAGAUGCCAGUCACUGGAUUCAUGCUGACAAGCCUUUGGAUUUCAUCAGCUCCAUAAUAGCCUUCUUAAAAUCAUAGUCCUUGUCUCAGGAAAGGAUACGCACAGGUGGGCCCAAUAAAGGGACAGUGAAUGAAUCAUAAGGGUAUGGACCAAGAUGACUUUUAAUGAGUUAAGUCUAGUCUCUUACCUUAUUAUGCACAACUGAAUCGUUACAUAAUUCCUGAAAGGUAGUUAGUGUAUUCAUCCUUUAUGUUGUAUUUGCACUUGUGGCUUAACCUAGUACAUUAAUUGCAUUUCUGUCAAGAGGAUAUGUAGAAAUCUGUCCAUGACUUUAAAUCAAGAGAUGUUACAUAAUAGAUCCAGCGGCUUUAGAAAACAAAAUAUUUUACCUUCAUGAAAUUACAUUUCUUUCACUAUUAUAAUUAAAAAAUGUUUCAUUGUAUUUUUUUUUUUCCAUGUCUGAAUUAUAAUUGGACUAGAUUUACAUUUUUCAUUUUUUUAUAUCUUAGAUUUUUUUAAGCAUAUUGUUGACAUGGACACCCUUUCGCUGUUCUCUGAUAAGAAAUACAGUGAUGUCUAUGCAUCAGUGCGUGACUUAUUGAACUCUUUCCAGCUGAAAGCAUCUCUCACAGACUCAUCCUAAGAUCCGAUAAGACCACAAAACUUUGACGUGUUUGAAUUUUUACUCUUUGAAAUAUUCUUAUUAAUGCUAUAGGGCAUAAUAGAUUAGCUUUCUUUUUUGUUUAAAAACUGUUGAGCCUGUGUUAGAAGUUAAGUGUUUUACUAAAACAGUGUUGUAUGGCUUUACAACAAACAAAGAUGCUGCAAUGUAACCAAGACACGUUUCAGAGCAUCAAGAGUUAUGAUAUCAGGUCCUACAUUUCUGUUAAAUACAACUGUUUUACUAGAAAUCUUUCUCUCUCUCUUUUUUGGCCCUGGGUCCUUUUUCUUUUAAGCCCUUUGUUCUAUGUUUUAAAAUAAGCAGAUCAAAUACAUAAGCAUGUGAUAAAAAAAAAAAAACCUGUUUCGGUGCUUGUUCGACUAUUAGAUGCCGCACAGUUGAACAUUUCGUAACAUGUACAGGUAUGUUAGUGUGAUUUAUCACAGAGAGAACAAUGUGCCUACCUCUGCACACUGUCAUUUAAUCUUGGUAGGUUUGUCACUAUUAUGAGUAAUUAUCGACGUACCAAAGCAGGGGAUAAUGGAAAGAUUUUCCUUGACCAGUGGUGUGCUGAUAUUGUGUGUUGCGCACAUUUAAGAAUAAACGUACAUGUACUGUUUUUGGCAGUCUUUAGUUUAAAAACUGCUGUUAUAAGGGGAUAUUUUUGUUCAUUGUGAAAGUGUCAAUGUUUGUAAAUGAGUAUUUUGUAUAUUCAUAUACAGUACUGGUUAUAUAAAUGUAUACUAUAUUAAAUAUAUAUUUAUGAUUACAAUAUGGUAAUGAUUGAUAAAUCAAGAAAUAUGCUGCAAAAUGACAUAUCCUUAAUGUCAGUGUGUUUUUUCUCAUGUCGCGUAAUAAUUGUAGUGAAUGUGUAUGGUGGAACAAUAGAGUCAUAGCACUGCCAUUGUUUGUAAUAUCUAUUCACACAGAGUUUGUUAUGUAUUUGUGUUUACACGUAACUGUAUCUUUACGAAUAAUUUGUUUUCAAAACUGUAGUUUAGCAGCAGUGCAAGUUCAAUGUCUUUUGCCAACAGGAAACAUUCUCGGAACUUUGGCAUUCAAGCGUUCUUAGAAAAUUCCAGUGGUGUUAGUAGAAUGUUCGUUCAGUUAUUUGCUUUUUAACAGUGUUACAGUGUUAAACAUUCUUUACGGAAUGUUUUUGUUUUUUUUUCUUCAGCAUUCUAGUUGGAUCUUCGUGUAACAUUGUUAAGCAUUAUUUACUACUUGUUUGAACAUUCAAACGUAAUGUUUCCAUAGUGUUUACGAAUGAUCAAACAGAAUGUUCACUUUACUUUUAAAACAUAAAUCAAUUGAUGUAUUGAACAUUUAGAGAACAUUCAAAAGUUUUUUUUUAUCAUUUGAUGUUAGCAUUAGCAAAACAUUCUUAGGAAAUGUUUCUGUUCUUCGCAAUUUUAGCUAAUUUUAGCAAUUCCGUGUACUGUUUAAUAAAGCUAGAUUAAAUCCCUCAUUCUUUCUUAUGAAACGGCCCUUUGAUUUGAAGAAUGUACUGUACAUGUAUGCAAUACUAAAGAGAUGAAUCAGAUGAGUACAUAAUGCGCAGACAUUUAUGAUCUUUUUCUAACAAUAUAGUAUCUGCUCAGUAUAUUUAGAAAGAACUGAAAUUAAUAUAUAGAAUUUGAGUUUGUUACUUAAACUAAAUUAAAGAGUCAAACUUAUUCUUGUGGCUUCAUGCAGUAUUGUUUUUGUUUUUUUGAAAGUGAACGUAACUUAAUGUAUUGUUGCUGUUUGAUACACAGUGAUAAUGGUUCUUUGUUUUAUUGAGCUAAUGUCAUCAUGAAAGAGUGUGUGAUCAUUCAGGCAGUAACAGUAUGAGACCACGUUGAACAGUUUGUAUGGAUGUAUAGCCUUUGCAUGUUAGAGUAUAUCUGUGUUCAGAUUUGUUAAAACUCAAUAAAUAUACAAGUCUUCAA